AUGUCUCUCCGCGCAGUUCCUUCAACUAAUCCUCCUUCUACCAAAACAGUUGCAGAUACAGCAAACUCUUAUGGUGUUCACGAUACUUUUCGUUAUGGGCCUAGAUCUAUAGAGACCGAGAUUUCACCGGCUCAUCCCCUCGAAAAUAGACUCAAACAAUGGGAAGAGACACAAACCAAUCUGAAACUUACGAUGCAAAGAAGAAUUUAUGGUAUUCAUGCACCUAUAAGACAUCUUAUGGAACGAAGUAUUGUGUCUAGGGUGCAGCGUUUACCAGGUAUGCCGUCAUCUAAUUUUGGAUUGGAUAUUUUGAUGGGCAAAGAUGAAACGAUCGAUUUUGAAGAUUUCUUGAACGAUCCAGAAUUAUCAACCGAGAUGGUAGAUGUACAUACAGCAAUGGAACAUAAACUGGGUAUCCAAUAA